AUGCCAAUGGCUCGAAUUUCCAUGCGCCGAAGUCCGUCGCCAUGGACACGCUCGCGUCGCCUCGUAAGCAGUGCCAGUAACUCGAAUGCUGUGGAUAUUGAAAACUAUCAGGGUACAAUCUACUUUGCUGAUAUUGUAGUCGACGGGUCAACGUUCGUGGUGCAAGUAGACACAGGCUCAUCGGACUUGUGGAUCUCUUGCUACUAUCUCAGCGGUUCUACAUGCAAUUCCGCAUGUCCGUCGAAUGCCAGCACCAUCACAUACGGUUCUGGUGACGUUUGUGUACUUGGACAAUCCGCUGACAUUAAGUUUGGCAACGUGGCCUUGUCGAAUUAUGUCGUGGGAGUUGCACAGGGUCCCAACGUCAACCCCAGCAACUCUAAUUCGCUGCUUGCAGGUGACGCUGAAGGGCUCUUUGGAUUAGCUUAUAGCUCUCUUGCUACACUGCCAUCACCAGGUGGACAAUUUAUUGACUACGUCACGAGCUUCUCCAUGUAUCUGACCAAAGAGGACAACAGGGAAGGCAGUUUCUUACUCCUAAAUGGCGUGGACGACGCCUUCAUCGAUUCGAACGGCCUCAAGCCAUACACUAUCAAGUUGAAAUCGGCCACACCGACUCACUGGACAAUCGGUAUGACAGCGUUUCAGAUUGGCAACAGUACAGCGGUAUUUCCGUGCUCGACAGCAAGCAAGGGGAGCUGUGACAGUAUUGUAGAUUCUGGUACUUCGCUACUCGCUAUGCCUGCUUCGGUCUAUGCGGAUUUUGUACGUAUGUACUUGUCCAGUUGCAAUUUGUACUCAUCCGGUUCCGCCAUCUACAUGUGCUCUAGUGAUGUAGAGCUACCACGACUUGCACUUACAUUUGGUGGCGUGACAUUCUAUCUCGAGAAAGACGACUACAUUAUUGAUGUAGGAGCCAAUAUGAUCGUGGUGGAAGUACAAGCAACGUCAGAUAGCGGCACAUACGCUAACACCUGGAUCAUUGGCGAGACGUUUUUGAAGACGUUCUACACGGAUUACAAUGUUAACGAGUCGGUGACAUUCUACUGCGUUGAGAACAGCACGUGCACUCCUGGAUCUCAAGCAGUCGCUUUGCCGGCAUCGUCGGAUUCUUCUGGUGACAUUACUGACGGCAACGGGUUCAAUGGCAAUAGCGACGGCAGUAUUUCCAGUAGUGGUGAGGUCAACAGCAACCUCACGACGAUCCUGGCCAUUGUGCUUGGUGUACUGGCCUUCCUUUUUACCAUAUCGAUCGUGACAUGUCUGUUUAAAUGCAUCUGCAGACGCAAACGCAACUCCAGGCAUGAGCAAUCGUUGCAGCCGGUGAUGGUCAUACCUGGCAGGAACUACCAGUCGCAACCAGUCGUCCUCCAGCCUUCCCAAGGUUAUUACACUCGGUAUUAA